UUAUGUGUCUAAAGCUGUCCUCCUUUGUAAGAUGUAAGCAGACACUGAGACACAAACCAGGCAGAAAGAACGUUUUCUGAGUUUGGAGUGGCGGCAUAUCAGAAGACCAAAUCCUUAGGUACCCUGAUAUUUGGAAAAAAUUGAAUACAAUUCACUCAUAGUUUUAGAAGAACUUGACUAAGAAAAUGCUUGGAGAAGGCUUCCUAACAGAAUUCCUUUACAACGAAGAGAAACACGCAAAAAUUUGCAAACCAGUAAGAUGUAAGAAGACAUCAAAUGAUGAAAAGGAAAAUAAUAUUUUAGCUAUACAGGACAAUUUAUCUCCCCCUCUUAAGAUGGGAAAUCAAGAGAAAGUUAUAGAAGGAUGUCUAACUGAACAAGAUAAUGAUACAUCUCAAAUGAAAUCUGUGGAUGAGCUGCCUGUUGCAAAAUUCAAAAGUACACCUCUUCCAGGAAAUGUAUCCAUUGCAUUGCCCAUUCCAAAGAGGGGCCAUGAUGAAACACAACUGGAUUUAUAUCGAUCUUGGUCAUGUACAAGCAUUUGCCAGAAUUACCCUGACCUACAGAUAGGAGGUGAUCAUGUUAGAAACAUGUAUGAUUCUGGUUGCUUUGUGGAACAUGCCCAAGAUGAUGUUUGUAAUGGUCCUCUUUUACUUUCGGUGGAUAUACCAUUGGGAUAUUCUCCUAAAAUUGAGCCUCUAGAGAAAACAUCCAGUUCAAAAUUAUUAAAUGGGGAUGAGAUUCGAGAAAAAAGCAUGUUAUCACAUAAGCAACCCCUCUCUAAUUCUAUGCUUAAUAAUUAUAUGGAAAAAAAGGUGGAUGAACUCUACAAACAGUUUCUGGAAGAAAAUCUUACCAGGUGCAUCUCUAUAACCAACUUCAUGGCUUCUAAUAUGCUGAUGAAUAAUGUUAAUCAAAUCAGCCUUCAGAUCUCUCAAGAGCAGAACAUAGAGGCGUCCAAAGCCCGAGAAGCCCUCCUCCACUCUUUAGCACUCUAUAAUCUUCGUAAUGUUUCCCACAGAAACAGUACUGAAUUAAGCACACCUAACUUACAAAUAUCAAACCAGACCAAUCGGGAACUUGUAUGACAUCUAUAGUGAGAAUCAACUAAAGAUUGGCUGGAUCAAAUAAGAGACCACAACUGGCGAUCUCUUGCAUGUUACGUCUCACUGAAUUUCCUUUGUGGUGGUGUUACUUUUUGGAGAAAUGAUUUUAUCUUUGUACAUCUGAAUUCUUGUAGGAAAUGAAGUACAAUAACUAAUAAUUAUGAUCAUUUAUGUUUUCUUUCUGUUUUGACACAUUUAGUAGUUACUACAUUCAAAUUGGUAUGUUCUGUAUGUACAUAUUGUCUCUAAGCCUUGUUUACUACAAAAGAGGUAUGAAGAGUUCAUAGUUGUAAUCGACUGAAAAGGCCAUAGAAGCUGGAUCAGGAAUGUUUAGAGGCAUAUGAUUAUUGUUUAAAUAGUCUUCUUCUUAUUUGUGGUACACAAGAUAAUUUACACUGACAACCAGAAUAACCUGGGGUAUUCUUUUUAUAUAUGCAUACACCAUUUUCAUAUGUAGAUUGAGAGGAUCUAUAGAAAGAAAAAUAUGAUUUGUCUGACUUUUAUAGGAAAGGUAGAGGAAAGAUUAGGGAAAAAUGGAGAAUCUGUUGGUUCCACUUGAAUUAAACUUGAUAUUUUUAACUCUAUUGGCACAAGGAUUAACUCUGGUAUAUCAUUGCUCUAUACCUGGUCAUUUUUAAGGCUAAAAGGAAGGAUGGCACACAGGUUGAGUAACUAAAGUGUAUAUCAAACCGCCAUCUACUUCUGAGAUUCUCUUGGCAAUGUUUUACACUGUUCUGAUUCUCUACAAUUGUGAUCCUUACUUAAAAUGAAAGAAAAUGUGUAAAAUUUGAAAUUUAAACUAAAUUAACACAAUACAUUUUAUGCAAUAUUGUGUUUUAUUGCCAAAUUGGAAACAACAUCUCAGGGCUAAGAGUUCACAUUUCUCCCAUGUGUAGUGAAAUGAUCAUUAAACACUAUUGCUUAUAAAAUAGUGUGCUAUAAACUUCUGUUAUAAAAGUCUUUUGAAUGUGUUAUAUAUUAAUGCUUUGUGUGUUAAUAAUCCCCUUUGAAUAAGUACUUCUUUAUUUAAUUUUAUAAACCAAUUCAAUAUCUUCAUAGUUUGUUAUUUUAAAUAACAUUAUUCUUCAUUUUGUAGCUUCAAUUUUCAUGAUGUAGCAUUAACUAUGUAAAAUAUCUUGCUUUUCUCUUCAUCACUCCUAUCCUUAUCAUCAUCUGCCCUAUUUUUCAAUCAAUUGCAAUCAUUCAGAUGUUUGAUUUUGAAAGACAAUGGGCAAAAUUUUGGAGAAACUGAUUUACUGUCUUGUAGAGACUGAAAAUAUUGCCUUUACUGUCUACUGGCUUGUUUGAUUUUAACAAUUCAAUACAGAUCAUCCACAUGAAAAUACAUUGAUAUUAAAGUUUAUAUUUUUGGAAAUUGAAUAAAAUGUAUUUAGACAACA